AUGGCUUUGUACCUGAAAACCGUUCGUCGUCAGGAUAAAAGCACGCGUGAUUACGUGGUACAUGCCGGUACCGGCGUUCCGUCGGCGGAUCAACCGAAACGAAACGCGGGUUACGACGGCCUAAGAGAUGUUGCGCUGAUGUCGGCUGGAUGGACCAAUUAUUCUGUCGCUGGUGGUGACGACGAGGGCCCAGUCUCGGUUGGUGGAGACGACGUGCCGGCGUGUACAAACUGCAAGAGGAGGAAGCUGCGCUGCUCGCGCGAAACACCAACCUGUGGCCAUUGUUUGCGACUGUCAUUCCUCGAACGGAUCCUUUUGGAUGCUAAUGGAGGUAUUCGACCACAGUUUAAUGUUGAUGAUGUGACGCCAAAGGACCAUGGCUCGCAUCCUCAGCAGAUCAACCAGGCAUCCAAAGCGGAUGUUGAAGAGACUCAUGUCACUCGAACAGACUCCCAACAACGACAUGUGGGGAGCACAGUAGAGGAGAGUCCAAGCGUACAGAUGCCUGGAGAUCAUAUCGCCAAUCCAUUGAAGCGACGAUUUGAGCAGCACUCUGCCCCAAACUGGCUCUACUUCCAAGAAGACGUGGACAUCGCGCAAUCCCUACCUUCUCAACCGCUACUAGAAAAGGUUGCGGACUUCUUCUGCAUCUCCUUUCACCAUUGGAUCCCUUUUUUAAACAAGAGACGGCUCCAAACCAGGGUCCGAGAGGGCGUCAGAGAUGCAGGGACACAAAUCGUCCUACACGCCAUAGUCGCCAUAUGUUUGCGUCACAUGGAGCGAGACGCCUUGUUUCUUGACGAAGACGAAGUACGUCAACAGACGAAGCUCUCAUGUGCGCUCGUGGAGACGCAUGCGUUGCGUAAUGUGUCUGUCGAGAGUCUACAAGCCCUCAUCUGUCUCGUGUUCAGUUUUCUCAACGAUGGUCAAACAAAUAGGGCAUGGCCGUUGAUAGGAUCGCUUACCAGGACGAUUGAUUACCUACAGCUUACUACCGAGCCAACUUCAUCACAGUCGGGGUCGUUGAUGACUCCUGUGCGCCUGGUACCCCCUUCAAAUGAUUGGACGGAGCUGGAAGAGCGUCGGAGGCUUUUUUGGAUAGUGUUUCUCCUCGAUCGCUUCUGUAGCGUAUCGACCGGAUGGAACACUAGCCUUACAGCUGACGACGUUCAUCGUAGACUACCAGCAGAUGGAGGGUACUUUACGCGAGAAGAGCCCGUGAUCACCCCAUUCUUCGGUAUCUGGAACAAAGCUGCCGCGAGAAUUGGACGGUCUCUGGCCCACGUUCCCCCUCAGUACAACGAGGAAGACCCGGCAGUGGAGCAACAUGGUGGUAUUGGUGCAAGUCCGAGCUCGGCAAAUGGCUUCAUUGAUGCAUCGAAACUGGGUGCGUUUGCUUACUGUGUAGAAGCGACCGAGAGUCUAAGCCAGGUCACAACUUUCUUCCUACAACAGCGCAUCAAUUGGCAAGACAAGGAACAUGCUAUCAGCUGGCUGACGCGAUUCAAAGAGCUGGACCUGAGGCUGGUGAAUUGGAAGAUCUUCCUGCCUCCCCGGUGGAAGGACUCAAAUAUAUCCUCGGACACUACAGUCAUCGACAUGGAUCCGAACCUGACACUUGCACAUAUCACGCACAAUACUUCCAUGAUAUUGCUGCACCAUCCUAUCGCCUACCCCGCUUCAGCAUGGAAAGACUAUGUUGCUUUACCGAAAGAAUGCAGCGCUCAGACUUGCGUGCUAGCUGCCGUGGAAACAUCAAACAUUGUCGACAAAUUUCUCGCGCAUACCCUGAUACCAUUCGUGAACGUCCAAUUCGCAUUCUGCGCAUACAUAGCAGCCAAAGCCCUGCUUUUCGAACACCAAAGCACAAAACGACCCCUUCGACCCGAAUUCCAGAAUCUGAUCCGCGACCUGUGGGAAAUGUCAUCAAGAUGGAGGGACAAAGCCGAGCGUAGCAAAGGCACGACAGACGUCGAACCCGGCAAUCAGCCUGGUACCUACGCUGCAAAUCUCGAGCGACUGUUGGACGCCUGUCAGCACGACACACUUUUCAGAUUCAACUUCUACGACCACUCCAGCCUCUCAGCCGACGCCCAGUCUCAGCUCAGCCCAGCCUACGUAUCCACACCAAACUCACACUGCCGAUCUGGCACCCUCUUGCACGAACGCAACCAAAUGUCCCACCACGCCCGUUCACACAGCCUAAACGACCCCCAACCCACGCCCAACGCAAUAAGGAGACACUCCACCAUCACCACCCGCACCGAGCCCGCAGCAUCGCCAGCCCUCUACGAACAGCAGCAGCGUGGAAGCCUCAUACCAGGCUCUAUGCUCUCACCCGGAACAAUCCCACCGAUAUACACGCCCCAACAGAGUUUAAACACUUACAACGCCCCGCCCAUGUACCACACCGCCCCCAACACAGCGCCCACACCCGGCUCCACAGCACCCUAUUCCGCUGUUGGCGGCACGGGAAAGCAUCACAGCGUGCAAGAUCAGUCUUUGAUCAAUUUGUCGGACGCCUUCAUGGAUGCCCAGUUUCUGGAUAUGGAUCGUGUGAUUACGUUUGAGGAUGCGAAUUUUCUGUUGCCGGGGGAUGCGUUUAGGUGGCAGUAG